CACACACACACACACACACACACACAGGCAAGCACCCCCCAGGUGGCCUCCACAGUCUCACCUUCAGACUUACAGGUCCUGCCUCCCAGACUCAAAGCUGGCUCCGUGGGGACACAGUGACAUGAGAGGCACACCACAGACCCACCUCCUGGCCUUCUCCCUCCUCUGCCUCUUCUCCAAGGUGUGUGCCCAGCUGUGCCCAACACCGUGUACCUGUCCCUGGCCCCCACCCCGAUGCCCACAGGGGGUGCCCCUGGUGUUGGACGGUUGCAACUGCUGCCGGGUAUGUGCACGGCGGCUGGGGGAGCCCUGCGACCAUCUCCACGUCUGCGACCCCAGCCAGGGGCUGGUCUGCCAGCUCGGGGCGGGCCCUGGCGGCCGGGGGUCCGUGUGCCUCUGGGGAGAAGAUGAGGGCAGCUGUGAGGUGAACGGCCGCCUCUACCGGGAUGGGGAGACCUUCCAGCCCCACUGCAGGAUCCGCUGCCGCUGUGAGGACGGCGGCUUCACCUGUGUGCCCCUGUGCAGCGAGGACGUGCGGCUGCCCACCUGGGACUGUCCCUACCCCAAGAAGGUGGAGGUCCCAGGAAAAUGCUGCCCUGAGUGGGUGUGCGACCAGGGAAGGGGGCUGGGGGUCCAGCCCCUCCCAGCCCAUGGACCCCAGUUUUCUGGUCUUGUCGCUCCCCCAGCCCCUGCCGUCUCCUGCCCAGAAUGGAGCACGGCCUGGGGCCCCUGCUCAACCACCUGUGGGCUGGGCGUGGCCACCCGGGUGUCCAACCAGAAUCGCUUCUGCCGCCUGGAGACCCAGCGUCGCCUCUGCCUACUCGGGCCCUGUCCACCCACCAGGGGCCGCAGACCACGGAACAGUGCCUUUUAGAGCCAGACUGAGGAUGGACACUCGGUGUCACCCGCCUGCCAAGCAAGCAACCUGGGCUGCAGGCAACAGUCCAGCUUGGGUCCACCAUCCGGGCCCCGGAGGACGAGAGUGUUCCCAAGCCAGCUGGU